AUGUCCUCAAGCAAUGGAUUUGAGUCCAUAAAUUUAGCAUCCACAACUCAAUUAGCUCAAGCUUCUCUACCGCCACUAAGGAGACUACAAUCAGUUGCCAACUCCACUACCAGUGAUGAAGAAGAGGAAGAUAUUAAACAUGAUAUUGAUCCAGUAUUAUUCAUUUCAACCGACAAGACAAACAAUGUUGAUGAUGUGGAUGAAUUGCUUAUUCCAAAGCCGUUGAAUUUGAGGAAUAGUAGACAUAGGAAAGGUAAUAAUCUUGGUGUUGCCAAAACUUCACUUGAUGCUAGAUCCAUAGAUACUCUAAGGGGAAGCGAAUUUGAAAGCGUAUAUGAGGAUUCAAUUGUAUUUCCAAGAGACUUCGCUGUUCGUAAUACAAACAUACAAGCGAAUGACACAUCUCCCAUUGAAUAUGUUUCUGAUAAGAUUAAACAUCAAUUACAGGAUCUAAAUAGGAAUUCAAAAUUUCAUGCUGCAUUUUUGAAGCAGGGAGAUGAUAGAUUACAUGCCCUCCGAAAUUCUAUCUUGAAUGAUUACGAUCAAGUGUCACGAAACUAUUAUUCAUUAAAUGAAUUAUAUUCAAAGGAUGCAGAUUAUACUGAAAGACUAUAUGGGGCAUUCAAAAAAUGGGACCAGAAACGAGACAAAGUACUAAACAAGAUCAAAGAUAUCAAGAGCCCAAAGAGCAAACAUGGAAGCAAAAUGAUGGACCUUUUAAAUAAAUCCAUUGGAAUUGAUCAAGAAAUUGAAGAACUUGAACAAAAGCUACAGACCCUAAAGACUCGGAAACAAGUUGUAACAAAAGAAAUUGAAGAUACCAGCAGUGUAUUGGAAAGCAAGACUGCAAAGUAUAUUAAUAUUUUUAGAAAUAUGGAAGAGACAGGAAAAGAAGAAAUGCUUUCAUUCUUGAUUUCAAAUGGAGUGCCUUCCGCAGAAGUUGAACGAAUUAUCAAAACUGUGCCAGUUGAUGUAACUUUCUUGAAUAAUAUAACUCCCACUACUUUGGACCACAGCAGUGUUGUCAACCCCGCUAGUCUCGCUAUAGUAUCGGACCCCGAAAAUGUUUCUGCGCCAACAAAUGUUCCAUCUACCACAAUCUUCCCUCAAGAGAACGGUUCCAAGGCAACCCAGCAGAUCGGAAUCCAACCAUACGUACUCCCAGACGAAAGCAAUACUGCCAAUAAGCCGAAAGAUGAUUUAUGGUUAAAAAAUCACGAACAUGGCCCAACACCUUAUGAAAAAGGAUAUGCAAAAGGAACUCAAAAUUCAAUGGCCAUGAAAGCAAAGUUACAAAAAGUGAUGAAAAAAGUAUUAGAAUCUACCCUACCGGAACCUCAAACCAAGACUAACAAUAAUAGAUCUGUCUUACCACGUAAGACAAGAGUUGAUGAUUUAUAUAAUACAAUAUCCCAAAAGUUGGAUUUGGUCCCCAUCGUUAAGUUCUUAGAACAUAAAAUGGAAGCAUUGACAGAUUUAACUUUAGAAACAUCCAAAAAUGCUGCUUUAUUUCACGACAUUGGGAAAUGUUGGAAUAAUGCUUGUAUUCUAUUGGACUCCCAGGAAGAGAAAUUACAUAAUGCUUUAAUUGAAUCUACACCACAAGCGAAUAACGAAGUAGUCUUCGGGAUAUUGACGGGGUCACUUAAAGAAUUGAACCAGAUUUUAGAUUCCACGACAAAGCUAGCUACAAAAAAUAACGAAGAACAGGUCCGCCACAAGAAACUUCUCCAAAGUAUGAUUUCUAAUGAAGUGCAAGCAAUCAUCGAAGGACUUAGGCUUGUAUCCCAAGGGAACCAAUUAAAUGAAAUAUUGAACGAUUAUGAGAAUGUGGGCAAAGAAUCAGUCAAUUCAAUGGAAAAAUCAUCAAACAGUGGUAGGAACUCGUUUUCAUCUCCAAUUAUGCCAUCCACUUCAAAGCCAACUUCUCAAAUACACAUGGUUAGCGCGGUCGAUCAGGGAUCGAUGAAACAGACUAAGCUUGAAUAA